AUGGCCCGCGCCGUGCUGCUGCUGGCAGCCUGCGCCUGGCUGGGCCUGGGUCCGGCGCGGUGCCAGGAGGCACCGCAGACCCCCGACUGGCGCACGACGCUGAAGACCAUCCGCAACGGGGUACACAAGAUCGACGUGUACCUCAACGCGGCCCUCGACCUGCUGGGCGGCGAGGACGGCCUCUGCCAGUACAAGUGCAGCGACGGAUCCAAGCCCUUUCCUCGUUACGGAUAUAAACCAUCACCACCAAAUGGUUGUGGAUCCCCUCUAUUUGGAGUUCAGUUUGACAUUGGUAUCCCUUCAAUGACAAAGUGCUGCAAUCACCAUGACAGAUGCUAUGACACUUGUGGCAAUAAAAAGAAUGAUUGUGAUGAACAGUUUCAAUCCUGCCUCUCCAAAAUUUGCAGAAAUGUGCAGAAGACACUUGGAAUCUCAGAGAGUGUUCAGGCCUGCGAAUCAACUGUUCAGCUGCUGUUUGAUGCGGUUAUACAUUUAGGAUGUAAGCCAUACCUGGAUAGUCAGAGAGCUGCAUGUAUGUGUCGGUAUGAGGAUAAGACUGACCUCUGAGAGAAAGAAGGUACAAAGUGUACCAUGGUGUAGUAUAAAGUCAAAGACUCAUCUGGAAUGAAGCAAGUGUUCAGUUACAAAGCUUUACACUUUUCAGACAGGACUGUAUGAAACACUGAGAUGAAUAUGCCACUUUGAAAGUCACUAAGAUACUCUUCCUAAUGGAAAGAAGAAACCACCAGUCUUCCUUCCCCAUUAUGCCAGAAGCUUAGAAACUGAAACUAGCUUCCCUUGGUGUAUGUCCACUCAGGAUACAGGACUAUCAUAAAAAUACUAGUGCUUUUUUGUAUCUUUUAAGAAAACCCCAUAAUGGGGAAGUCCGAGACACAGACGAGUUGUACUGAAUUCUCAGAUUAUUAUAAAUAUAGGUCAAAUUUUAAGUUUACUGGCAGAUGCAUCUGAAAGAGCAUUUUAUGUGUUUUAAGGACAUCUUAAAUAGACUGUACUUUCAUGCUUGUGGUACAGUUGCCUUCAGUUCUCUCCGAUGUAUACAGUCCCAUUAAAAACAACACAACCAAACGCCAAAAUAACCCCAAGGAAACAAAGAGGAAAUCCACAAA